AUGCCUAUCGCGCCAAGAUGUCUUUUGGUCAGCAUCCUCAUUGGCGUGCUGAGAGGCUCCGGCGCACUAAUAGAUGAGAGAUGGACCGUGAUCUUUGGUCAUGGAAUCUUCCUCUUGGUCUUGGUCUUCUGGCAACGAUUUCGCAGGCUUUUUAAAAGGCCGCGGCAAGUAUUUCUGGACAAGCUGUGCGUGGCGCAGUACGAUGCUGGGUUGAAGAUGCAAGGCAUCCUGGGGAUGCCGGCUUUUUUGCUUAAUUCGCACGACCUGGUGGUCCUCCUCACACCCCAGUACUUUCGUCGCCUGUGGUGUACAUUUGAGCUUGCCACUUUCAUGAAAGAGCCAGCGAAGCGAAAACGGAUUCGUUUCAUGCCCCUGAAGACGACUGCCAUUCUUGUCUUAGUUUCUGGAUGCUGGUUUGCAUUAUUGAUCGGCUGGAGCACGAUU